AUGGUAUCUGAAUUGGACCUAACUUCAGAGGCUAUUUAUGUACUAGAGGCAGCGACUGUGCAAUCACUUCCCCAAAUUCAUGCCGAAGACAGGAGGUCACUUCCCCAAAUCCAUGCCUUCGUCUUUGAGUUCAAACGUUCUUCACAGCCACCGAGUUCUUCACAUCCACCGAGUUCUACAACCACAACGACUGCCACUGCUAGCUUCUUACAAAGAAUGGGAUAUAUGACUUCUGGAAUUGGUUUGAUGAUCGGACUUGUGUUGCCUUUUGUUGAUACAAAUUAUGCUGUGGGCACCAUCUUUGGGGUGUGGUCGGGAGAUGCUAACUGGAAUAACAUGAAGAGACCAAGCCGCGGCAACAAUGGGGAUUUAUGGACUGUGAGCAACAUAUGUUCUUGCUCUCAAGGAUAUCCCUGGAAAAUGGCAACAUGUCAAAGACAACCUAAAUUGGAGAAGGAAAGCUAUUUUCAUAUGGAAUUCUCAGCGAUGAAAGAAGUUGGUAGAGAAUAACUAGAGGUAUGUAAUUUACUGAAACCGACUCCGAUUUCUGUUUUUGCUAAGAAAAGGAUGUCGGGCGAAUCAGAAGAUAGGGGCAGCCUAAACAGGGGUUUUCUUUCACUCGGGAAAUUUGAGAGCCACAUUUGACAACCCUAAAUAUGACAAGGUUUCACUUGCUCUCAACUUUGUAUUCAG